AUGAAAGACGGCGCGAAGAAGUUCUUGUACGACAUCGCGGACUACGACGAUCGCAAGGUGGAGGACAGGACGGUGCUGGCGACUGUGGCCGAGUCAGACGACGACGCGGACGCGGCUGAAGUUUCGGCUGCUGCCGAGGCCGCCGUCGCCCCAAUUGCAGCCCUGCGGCGCGCCACGCAGUGCGCGGAGAUCGGUGCAGCAGAGAGCGCGCCGUCGGAGGGGCACCAGUCCGACUCUCCCGCGAGCGACGAGGACGCCGAAGAGACGGAUCUCGUGGCCGCGGCGCUGUCGGGCCUGCGGGGCACGGCCCGCGCCGCCAAGCCCGCGCCCAAGGCUGCGACCAAGCCGCAGGCCAGACCACCAGCCCAGACGACCGGGUGGGCUACGUCCGGGCGCGCUGCCCAGACAGCCGAGAGGCCUGCCGCCAAAGGGGUUGCCACGCCCGCAGCCGCUGCCCUUUCGAAGUGCGCCGCGCCCUCGGCGCAGGCGCCGCCGCAGCGGUCAGCCGCCCGCGCCCCUGCUCAGCCGGCCGCGCCCUCGGCGCAGCCAGCCGACGGCAGCAGCGCCAGCCGCCUCGGCGCGCGGCCCGCUUCGGCGCGGCUGAUGGCCCCGAAGAAACUGCCGGAGCUCCCGGAUGGGAGCCGCUGGGGGCGCCUCGACAACUUCGUGGCGCCUGCGGCGGCGCGGGCCAGCACUGUAGAAGGCCCGUCGCCGCUCCGAGCGCGCCUAUCCAGGCAGGCGCCCUCGUCCAGCGCCGGCGGGGCCGAGAAGAGGCCGGCCGAGGCGCCGGCCUCGAGUGCGGGUAAGAGGGCGGCCGCGGCCUCCGCUCGUCGGCGGCCGGCGGCCGCUUCGAGUGCCAGGGGGGCCGCGGAGACGGCUGUGACAGCGGGCGAGGAGGAAGCUCGAGGGCCGCUGGAAGGUUUGCCGGAAGCUGGCGCUGCUGGGCGCGCCGAAGACGGCGCCUCGGCAGACCCCGCGCGUCGCGAGGGCGCCGCUGGCGGCCGCGACCGAGAGGGUCGGGCAUUGAGCGAGGAGCGCGGCAAGGCGUCGUCGGAAGUAGAGGCCGACGCGGCGGCCGCGGACGCGGGGGCGGAGGCUGACGACCUGCGCCUGCUUGCCGAGGAGAGCGGCGGCGACGGCGGCGAGCUCGGAGAGGAGGAGCAGCCGCGCGAGGAAGACCCCGAGGUCAUCGGAGAUGACUGGUUGCCAGCUUGGCCAGCCCCGAAGGCGAUCGAUGCAGCCGCGGUUGCUAGUGGACAUGCGCUGCGGUUCUUCGGGGAGUGGGUGGGCGCUCAUGCGCCCCCCGUCCUCAAGGAGCACGCCGCGUACGUCACGGAAUCGAUGCCCCAGGCGCUCUCGGUGGCGGCGUUUGGCGACGGAAUGCUCGUCGCGGCGCCCGUGCUCACGGAAUUGCAGAGGGUGUUCCAGAAGCACGGUCUCUUGUCGGAGGGUUUUCGCAUCGCUGCCCACUGCCGCACGGGCGCGGCUAAGAGCACCAUUGCGAAUCAGCGCGCUGAAGUGUUCGCGAGGUGGUGCGCGCCGUUAGGCGGAUCUGGGCGGAGCGUGGACGACGGAAUCCGGGGCAUCGGCGGCCUCCCCAGAGGUGCUGCUGCGCGCGCCAGGGGGGGCCCAGCCUUGCUCUUGGGGAGCUGUUCGUCCAGGCGCCCGGGGGCCAGCGGCGCCAGCGCGGCCAGCACUCUCCUGCAGUACGCGGCGCAGAACAGCGAGCUCGUUCUCGUGGAGAGCACGGACGGGCCGGGGGAGAGCAUCCCGCACGACGAAUUGCAGGAAACGGACGAGUGGCAGUGUCUGACCUUCGUCGUGGACUCGGCGGACUACGGCGCGCCUUUCAGCAAGUGCAGCAGGUGGCUGUUGGCGGCGCGCGGGGGCGCCCUGUUGAACAUGGAGUCGGGGACUGAGUUCCUCCGCGCGUUCGCAGAGAGCGUCGAGGCACGGCAGAUCCGCGGCCCUCCCUUCGAGGCUUUUGCGGAGGCUUCGGCGACGGUGUGGUCGGACUACAUCGACGAUGCCAUUCUGCAGCGGGAGGCGGUUCAAACGCGCGCCCUGCCAGUGGGCUGGCAGAAGGGCAUUCUCGAGUAUUGCUUGCGGAACCAGGCGAAGAUGCCGACCGUGGCCGCGGCCGACGCUCUUUUCGGCGAGAGCCGAUGGUCCCGCGCCCUGGACGACAAGAAGAAGAUCUUGCUCGCUCUUGCGUCGGCGGAGCGCAGGGGCCACGGGUUCGUCGCGGACCUUUCCGCGGGCCUGGGCGCCAGGCAGCCGCUGCCGCCAGGGGCGCUGCUGGCGGGCCCAUUGCGGGGCAAUUCGGAACUCUGGUUCUCUGGUUCAG